CGUGAUCAAAAUCACGCCUCUGCAGCAUCCUCUUCCUCUAGUACUAUAUCUUGGCGCAGCUGUCGCUCACCACUGUCCCGUACCCCGCCGUGUCCUCACGCAAUCAGGUGGUCUAUGCGCCUUAGGAUCGCGCGUUCCAGCUUGCCAAUCCUCCGCUAUCGGAUCCCCCCCAUGGCUGACGUCCUUCGACGGCUCAGCAGACCGCUCAGCGCGCAGCAGCAAGCUGCAGCAGUCUCGCCGGUGCUCGUGUCUCCCGCGUCCGCCUCCGCGCGGGCCGCUCAGACGCUGCCGUUGGCCACGGCUCUCGCGCCGUCGACGCUCCCGUUAGGUUCGCGGCUCUCCUUCGCUGCUGCCCCCGCCACCGCUCCCUCCACCCGCAUUCCCGGCUGCCGAUCGCCUCCUCUCCGCCGCCUCUCCUUCCGCUUCAGUCGGCGCGCAGCCCUUCACGCGCGCGCAGGAAUCAGCCGCGACCCUUCGGUGCCCGCGGAGUGCGCUGGACGGCGCGCACCCGCUUCGCUCGUCACGUUCCGCCAGCGCCGAGGGUGUCACGCGCAGGCGCACGAGAGUGCGGCUUCCGAAGUUUCUAGAAAUAGCGCGGCGGAAGCUGCGGGAGGAGGCUCCGCGGAGCGCAGGGAUGGCGGAGCCGCAGAAGCGGCGGAAGGCGCGGGGAGCGUGCAGGGGGAGCCUUUUGUGGUGCUGAACUUCUACCACUUCGCAGACGUGGCGGAACCUCACGGAGACGUGGAGCGGCACCUUGCAUUUCUGCAGGAUCGUGACAUUCGAGGCAGAAUCUACAUGAGCCAUCAGGGCAUCAAUGCGCAGCUCAGCGGGCCGGCCUCCCACGUGUUGGAGUACGCCGACUGGGUGCGCAGCGACCCCCGCUUCGCCUUGGUGCCGCUGCAGCUGUCGCCGUCCCCCAUCGGCCACGCCUUCCCACGCCUGCGCCUGCGCUACAAGCCCGCCCUCGUGCAGGUGUCGGGCGGCAUGCAGCAGCUGUCUUCCGACCUGUGCGCCGCCACGCCCCUGUCACCUGCGGAGUGGAGAAGGAAGAUCGAAGCGAUGGAGAGGGGGGAGAGGGAGGGGGACAGUGGGGAGGAGGGGGAAAAGCGCCACGAGGGGCGGCAGGGGGAGGCAGCUGAGUGCACCAAGAAGAUCCUGCUGCUGGACGUGCGGAAUGGCUACGAGUGGGACGUGGGCCAUUUUGCGGGCGCGGUUCGCCCGCCGGUGGACAACUUCCGAUCCACCGAGUUCGGCCUGCACGAGGAGGACGUUGGAGCGACCACAGCAUUGCAGCAGCAGCACCAGCAGCAGCAGCAGGGGGAGGAGGAGGUGGAAGACCCGUUAUCUGUAGCCGACAAGGAGGACACGGAGGUGCUCAUGUACUGCACGGGGGGCAUCCGCUGCGACGUGUACUCCGCCCUGUUGAGGCAGCAGGGCUACAAGCGCCUCUACACUCUCGAGGGCGGCGUCGCUCGGUACAUGCGGGAAGAAGGCGGCAAGCACUGGAAUGGGCGGCUGUUUGUGUUUGACUCCCGGCUGGCGGUGCCGCCCAGGGACUACCAGGUCGGCGGGAAGGUGCUGCAGGUGGUGGAGGAGGAGGGGUUGGAGAGGGUGGGGGAGGUGGUGGGGGGGGUGAUGGGGAUGGGGUUGGGGGAGGGGGAGGAGGAGGAGGAGAGGGUGGGGUGUCAGAUGUGUGGAGGGCCGCUGGAGGAGGUGAAGCACCGGAACUGCGCCAACUCAGACUGCAAUGCGCUCAUUCUAGUCUGUGCUGCCUGUGCGCAUGCCAUGAAGGGUGCCUGCAGCGCCGAGUGUGCGUGUGCCCCGCGCCUGCGCCCCUUCCUGGCCCGCCCCGAGCCGUACCAGCGCCUGCACACCUACCUGCCCUCCGCGCCGCCCCCUCGCCCCCCGGGCUACGUGUCUCGCCGCGCGCUCAAGAGGCGUGCAAGGAAGGCGAGGCGCCUGGCAGAGGCGGCCAGGGGGCAGGCGACAGGUGAAGGGAGGGAAAUGGAAGUGACUGCUUAAAUCUCCCGCCUCCUUCCGUUUACCGUACGGUUAGGGUACAUUCCUAUGACCUACGGCAGUUUGGCGUUUCAUCUGUUUGCGCGUUUUUCCCGAGCCGCGCGACAGUUUUCCCCAACCUCUCGGCAGAUUCCAUAUUGCAUGGGCGACUCCUUGCUUGCUCUCAGAGUAGAAAGAUUUACUAGAAUUUGUGAUACAUGGUAGUUUUCUCUAAGGGGCUGUACUCUCUAUAAGAUUGCCCCUAUCUAGCCUAUAACACAUACAUAAUAUACCGUAAUCCCCCGG